CGUAGUACCGGUUUUUGGUCGUCGGAGCGCCGGUGAACCGGAAGUCUACCACCAACCGGAAUCGCCGGGUCGACUUCGGCACCUUACUGGUCGGGAUGAAAACAUCGGUGUCGAGAGAACUUCCACCGUCGGGGUCUUUCUCUGUCGGAGUAGGCUAGGUCCGUCCACCGCCGGGGACUAGACCGAGUAUAUCGCGGAGAAGCACCGGAACUUGGUCGUCGGGGCGCCUGUGAACCGGAAGCCAGUCUCCAACCGGAAUCGCAGGAGAGACCUCGGCACCUGUCCGGGAAGAAACGGUUUCGGAAGAUGUUCCACUGCCGGGGAAGUCUUUGUCGGCGUAGGGUAGAUCCACCGUCGGGGACUAUCCGAGUCGUGCGCGAAAAACUGGAGUGCUAAAACGGCACCGUUCCUCGGAGAAACUCAGUAUGAUCCGAAGUACUUGCUGGUGGUAUUAGAAUAACAAAUUUGGUGUGUGUUUGUGCUAACUGUGUCGCUGAAUGGCGAUAGGUUAGGUACGAACACGAGAACGACUAGAAUAACAAAUUUAAUUUUAGAAUAACAAAUUUGGUGUAUGUUUGUACUAACUGUGUCGCUGAAUGGCGAUAGGUUAGGUACGAAAACGAGAAUGACUAGAAUAACAAAUUUAGAAGCGACAAAAAGUGCAUGAGCACAAUAGCAGAAGAGCGCAUGAGCGCAUUGCCCCCCCUGAAGCAGUCGCAUAUCAGUGGUACCAGGGGGAUCGAGGCGUCAAGGUGUAGCAGAGUUUUUCCAAUCGGUUUUCUCUGCUUGGGAGGUUGGGAGGAAAAAAAAACAUACACACACACACACACACACACACACACACACACACACACACACACACACACACACACACACACACACACACACACACACACACACACACACACACACACACACACACACACACACACACACACACACACACACACACACACACACACACACACACACACACACACACACACACACACACACACACACACACACACACACACACACACACACACACACACACACAUACAGACAUUUGCUCAAUUCGUCGAGCUGAGUUGAUUGGUAUAUGUGACUCGGCCCUGCGGGCCUCGGAUCGAAAGUCGGUUUUCCAAGCGGUAUUUAUACCCUUCUUAUGGGUGUAAGGAACAAGGAACGAACUCAUCUUAUUUAGCUGGGUUUCUGUGUUUGCUAAGAAUACCCUCCAAACCAUAUUCAAUCCUCAAACGUUCACACCACUCGCUGAGUCUCUAGUCGUCGAACCGAAAAAAAAAAUAAUUCUCUGGUACUUAUUCAAAACGACGUAUCAACAUAGGAUUUGCGUGUAUUAUACGUCGUUUUGAAAAAGUAUCCGAGAAUUACCGAAUCCUCCACGUACACUGUAUACUUUUUCUGCCGACUUGCCAACUCCCGGCAAGCGAACUUCCGAAUUUUUCGCGCCGAAUCACAAGCUCCCGACAAACGAACUUCCGAAUCUUCCGCGUGUAUCGUUUACUUUUUGCACCGACUAACCAACUUCUGGCACACAUAUUUAUGAAUCUCAAUGUUCCGGCAAUUGAACUUCCGAAUCCGAUUCGUCCGCGUACACUUUUUACAUUUUCUCCAACUAAUCAACUCUCGGAAAGUAAACUUCUGAAUCCUCCACGCACACUGUUUUUUGCCAACUAACCAACUCCCGGCAAGCAAACUUCCAAAUCUUCCGCGGACGACUAACUCAUUCCAGUAGAUACGCAGAAACUAUUUCGUUAGCCGAGAGGUAUCGUGUGCGCCUCUCAAUAAGUCAUCUUCGCCUGUAUUCUGGAGAAACUCUUAAAUUCGAUAGAUUUGAGUAUUUGUCUCUCCUGCUAAAUAUUUGUAGUUAUUUCUGUCAAAAACUCUUGAAAGAAUUUCAAAGAAUAUUUCACGGAGUUCUUUUGAAAAUUCUUGAUAAUAAACCUGGACUUGUUACCUUAAACUAACCCUGUGGUUCUUCCAGAGAUUUUCCAAUGAUUCUUUCAUGGAUUUCUCCAUAAAUUUCUACACGGAUUCAUUCAAGACUUCCUCUGGCUAGGCAUUCUUGUUGGGAUUCCUCCAGCAGUUUUUGCUGUAAUUUAUUCAUGGAUUUGUCCAGAAAUAUAGUAUUUCUUCUGUGAAUCCCCUUGUCAUAAUUUUAGGAACUAAGGUACACCGGGGCAAGUUGAAACGGGUGGGGCAAGAUGAAACACCAAGUGUCGACGCAGAAGAUGGCCAGCUGGCAACCCUGCCACCAACCGAUUCGGAAGCGUCGCUUUCCACGGUCGAAGCGUUGCGGCGAUACGAGUGACAGCUGUCACCAUCAGAAUGCGAGCUGUCACAUAUCUAUUUCCGGUUCUCAGUUAGCACAUUUUCAGUAAAGGUGAAGUGCGAAGAUCACGAUUGCUGAAGAAAUCGUCCAUUAGUUUUCCUAUAUUAAUCCAGUAUACAGAAAAGUAUUAUCUUUUGCUUUCGCUGAAGUGUUUUUGCUUUCACUGAACGACUAGUGCAGUGGUUAGUUUCAUCCGUUUGUAAAGUUCUAGAGAUCGGUUUUAAAGUUCAGUUUGUCCGGUUUCAGAUUCGCAGUAAGUUAGUGACCAUUCCACAUAGCCCAGUCAGUGCCCGAGUCCGAUUCAUAGUCAGGUGCUCCGUCGUUCAUUGUUUAUGCGGUAACGAAAAGUAAGCACUAGAAAUUUGUAAAGAAAAUGUUCCAUACUAAAAUUAAACACUUCAGGUCGUCGGUCCUCAGUACUCGAUUGAGGUUAGAAAAGGGCGUGCAAGAAGCCUAAAGUUCACCGAAUUGUAAGUACUAAUAAAAUACGUAACGCAGUGAGAAAAUACUAACCAUAACCAUGUUACAGUUUGAAGCAACAACAACAACAACACCACAUCGCAUAUUAAAGAAUUUGCUAUCAAAACCGGUACGACUUUCAAUCACGCCCAACAGCCAUAGGCGAAACUACUGGGGGUGCCAGGCACCCCCUAGAAUUUUACUGCACUGUUGUGAGAUAUGGGGCGAUGAAUGAUGAAUGGAUGAACUAAUGAAUAUUUGUUUGUAGUGCACCCCCUGGUAAAAGUCCGUAGUUUCGCCAAUGCCAACAGCCCCGACAAUCUUCAAAAAUUCGUGCCAACAUGGACGAGAGCCGGACUUCAAGGGCAACCGAAGGACACGUGGAGGAAUCCAGUUGUGCGGCCUGCCAACGUCCGGAUAGUGCGGAGGACAUGGUCCAGUGCGACCAUUGUGACAUCUGGAAACAUUAUUCGUGCGCCGGAGUGAAUGAAAGUGUCGCAGGGAGAUCGUUUGUAUGCGGCGACUGCACCGCCCAGCAAACCGAUGACGUCAUCUCAGUGCGAACCACUUCAACCCGAUCCAGCGCAACAUCAACAAUCUCAGUCUGCCUGAGUCAGCUAGUUGAACGUCAACGAUUGGAGCGCGCUCGUCUGGAAUUAGAGCUCCAACGUCGCCAUUUGGACGAGCAGCAGCAAUUAAUCGAUAAAGCGUUCGACGAAGAGACGGACAACCAUCACGGCGGCAGUUUACUCAGUGGUGUGAACGUCAAGAUCACUGCAUCGGCACCCAGUAAACACAUCGGAACAACGGCCCUUGCCGAAACACCUGUAGGCCCGUCGGAUCGUCGUUCGAAGACACAGUUUGACGCCCCCAACUCAGCUGCUCCAAUUAUGAUUUCGAUUCCCCUCACAGCGUUGGAACCGAAAACCGUAAAAUACCUCCAAGGUAAGAAGAACCCCCAAGUUGCCUUCCAAGAGCUCAAAGCCCGGGUUGAGCAGUGCGAGAAGCGCGCCAAUCCUACACGAGACGAAAUGUCAGACCUACAUGCCCAGUUGGAACUGUGUCGUAAGCUCUUGGAAGGAUGUCAGACUACAGGAGCAACCCAAGAGUCUGCUCAAAGAUCGGAUGCGGAAAAUCCGAAGAAGAAACCCCCACCACAAUCAGCAGCGAGCACAUCGCGCGUUGUGAGCCAGACGGGAACCAUACCGAAAGCAAAUCGAUCGUUGCUUGCGGUCACUGAAGACGAUCGGAUGCACUCCGAUUAUCGAUCCGACGCCGGAGCAGUAGGAGGAUCCACAUCACCGGAUGAAAUCUGGCCGUUGAAGCAUUUGGUAGGCCAAACAAGCCAGCCCUCGGUAAGUCGAGCAGCCGAACCAGCUGAAAUACGUCCGAACGACAUGGAACCCCCAGGUAAGCGUCAAGCCUUGAGUCAUUCUAUUGAAAAUACGAUCAAAUUCGUCCCUGAUUGUUGCCCCACGACCAAUAAUCCAAUUGCCCGAGAGCAGCUGCGAUUCGUCGCGCGCCCAAAUGAAAUGAGUUCGCCUCCCACUAACUCUCGAGAGCAGCUGCGAGAUCUCCCCGCGCACUCGAACGAUUUCGAUCUUCCUGACAUUCAGCGCAAGUCUCAGUCAACCGGGUUGUUAACGCGUAAUCCCCCCUCGCGUACGGUUGAAACGUCUCAGUUCCCUCGUCAGUCAGAAAGCUACCAGCAAAAUCAAGUGAUUCCCCAACAAGAUCCAGUUCGACCCACACAGCAGCAGCUAGCAGCAAGGCAGUCCCUGGCCAAGGACCUUCCUCGAUUCAGCGGUGACCCAGCGGAAUGGCCGAUCUUCAACUAUCGCUACACGACCGAAGCUUGCGGAUUCUCCGAUGGUGAAAACAUGCUCCACCUCCAGCGGUGCUUAUCAGGAUCCGCGCUCGAAACGGUGCGCAGUCGGUUGGUGCUACCAGCAGCGGUGCCGCAGGUAAUUGAGACACUUCGUUUGAGGUUCGGACGCCCAGAAUUGCUGAUCAACGCUCUGCUACGCAAAGUACGUGAAAUUCCGGCCCCCAAGUCGGACAAGUUGGAGGGGCUUAUUGAUUUUGGUAUGGCAGUGCAGGCAUUGUGUGACCACAUCGAAGCUGCGAACGAACGCGCUCAUCUCUCGAACCCAUCCCUGCUUCAAGAGCUCGUAGCAAAACUUCCCGCCGAUCAACGGAUGAUGUGGGCCGGCUACAGACGAGGAUUCCAGCAAGUCGAUCUGAAAACCUUCGGCGACUAUAUGGCGUCGGUGGUAAGGGAUGCGACCAGUGUAGUGACCUUCGAGCCGGAGAAACGGAACUAUGGACGUGAUCGACCGAAGGACAGAGCGUACGUCAACUCUCAUGCCGCGGAGCGAUCCAGCAGAGCGGCAGAUUCAUCGAGUGAUCCAGAGCCUCCGAAGCAGAUUGUCUGCGCCCACUGUAACAAAGGAGGACAUCGAGUACGCGAAUGUAAUGCGUUCAAGCAGCUGCAUGUCGACGAUCGCUGGCGUCGAGUUCGGUCGUUAGGCUUAUGCCAGAACUGUCUGUUUAACCAUGGACGGCGGGGAUGCCGAGGCCGAAACAUUUGCGACAUCGACGGCUGCCAGUUUCGCCACCACACUCUUCUUCACUCUCCCAGAGGGCCACCGAAGUCAGCAGAGCACGCGAUGCAGAUAGCAGAGAACCACACCCAUCGCCGCUUGACCUCCUCGAUGCUAUUUCGAAUCAUCCCAGUGACUUUGCACGGGACUAAGGGUUCGAUCAAUACCUUCGCUUUUCUGGAUGAAGGUUCCGAUCUGACAUUGGUGGAAAGCGAGUUGGUGUCCUCGCUCGGGGUGAAAGGUACCAAGCUCCCACUAUGCCUUCGGUGGACGGGAAACACAUCGCGCGAGGAGAAGGACUCUCAGCAGGUCACGAUCGAGAUCAAUGGGAUCGGCCAGGACAAGCGACAUAAGCUCCUGAAUGUAAGAACCGUCAGCAAUCUUGGACUGCCCUGUCAAAGUUUCGAGGUGGAUGAAGCAGUAAAGAAGCACGACCACCUGAAAGGAAUUCCCCUCACAAGCUACCGCGAUGCAACGCCAAGAAUACUCAUCGGCGUAGACAAUUUGCGUCUGGCCCUUCCGCUGAAGGUGCGCGAGGGUGACGGUACAUCGCCAGUUGCAGUGAAGACUAGACUUGGAUGGUGCGUCUACGGUCCUCGUGGAAACAGUAAUAGCGAAUCCUACAGUUUCCACAUUUGCGAAUGCUCGUGUGACAAAUCGCUCCAUGAGUCGGUGAAAGAUUUCUUCGCCAUUGAAGGGGCAGGCGCUGGGCCGACGGAGAUCCCGCUGACGAAGGAAGACGAGCGAGCACUGAUCUUAAUGGAAACUACAACCCGUCGAGUUGGGAACCGUUUCGAAACGGGACUGAUUUGGAAAGACGACGACAUUGAGUUUCCAAACAGCUAUCCUAUGGCAGUGCGGCGUUUGGAAUGUUUGGAGCGCAGAAUGGAUCGCGACCCGGUACUUAAAGAGAAUCUUCACCGGCAAAUUCGCGAAUACGAGGUGAAAGGAUAUGCGCAUCGAGCGACGAGCGCGGAAAUGGAGGCCGCAGAUCCCAGACGAGUAUGGUACCUGCCAAUCGGAGCGGUGAUGAAUCCCAAGAAGCCGGAAAAAGUUCGAGUCAUUUGGGAUGCAGCGGCCAAGGUCGAAGGUGUAUCGCUGAACAGCGCACUCCUGAAAGGGCCGGACCAGCUAUCUUCUCUUCCGGCAAUCCUGUUUCGAUUCCGUUUGUACGGUGUGGCGGUUAGCUCGGAUAUCCAAGAGAUGUUCCGCCAAAUCAGAAUCCGAGAAGAAGACAAGAAUUCCCAGCGUUUUCUGUGGCGCAAUAAGCCGUCCGAGAAACCGUCAAUCUACUUGAUGGACGUUGCCACCUUCGGCAGCACGUGUUCUCCAGCAUCGGCGCAGUUUGUCAAGAAUCGGAAUGCCGAGCAACACCGCGAGCUGUAUCCUGAAGCUGCCAAAGCCAUUGUGGACGACCACUACGUAGACGAUUACCUAGCGAGUUUCAGUACGACCGACGAGGCUGCGAAAGUAGCAAGCGAGGUACGGAUCGUACAUGGCAACGGAGGAUUCAAGCUACACAACUGGCGGUCGAACAGCGGCGAGGUGUUAGAACGCAUUGGGGAAGUGCAAGCCGACGCAGAUAAGCAUCUAAUUCUGAUGGACACUGCGAAAACAGAAAGGGUUCUGGGGAUGCUCUGGACACCUCAAACCGAUGAGCUGAGUUUUUCUAGCCAGAUGAGCGAAGAGGUACAAACGUUAAUGCGAACGUCUACACGGCCGACGAAGAGGCAAGUACUGCGAUGCGUGAUGACAUUGUUCGAUCCAUUGGGACUGCUAUCACCGUUCCUCAUCCACGGCAAAGUCCUGAUCCAAGACCUUUGGAGAGAAGGUACCGGGUGGGACGAGCAAGUCAGCGCGGAAGUUUUCACGAAGUGGCAGCGAUGGAUACAGAUGAUUGAGUACAUCACUGAGUUACGAAUUCCCAGAUGUUACUUCCGUCACGCAGAUCAGACGACCUACCGCGAAUCUGAACUCCACGUAUUCGUUGAUGCGAGCGAGGUAGCCUACUCUUGCGCAAUCUACUUGCGUACACUGAACCACGGAACCGAUCCACAAUGCUGCCUGAUUGCGGCCAAAUCGAAAGUCGCUCCACUAAAGCCGUGUUCGAUUCCAAGACUAGAGUUGCAAGGGUGCGUCUUAGGUGUUCGUUGGUCCAAGUUCGUCCGAGAUAACCACUACAUUCCUGUAUCGAAGACGGUGUUUUGGACAGAUUCCAGAACGGCCCUGGCCUGGAUCAAGGCUGAUCCCAGGAAUUAUCGGCAGUUCGUAUCCUUUAGAGUCGGCGAGAUUCUAGAAAACACUACCGCAGCCGAUUGGAGAUGGGUGCCGUCGAAAUCUAAUCCAGCCGAUGAAGCGACCAAAUGGGGUAGCGGCCCGUACUUCAACCAAGACAGCAAGUGGUUUCACGGACCCACUUUUCUGCGUUCGCCGGAAUCCGAAUGGCCACGCCCCAAAGAAGCAGUGACCGAAACUACCGAAGAAAUGCGUGCAACGAUCCUCUUUCAUUGCUCGUUCGACCCGGUACUGGAUUUUGUUCGGUUCUCCUCGUGGGACCGGCUUCUGCGGGCCAAGGAUGGGAACACUCACUUUCAAAGCGUUACACUCACUUGCUAUUUUCUCAUCUCAGAAGCGUGCAAUCAAGAAACGAUGUAUGGACGACUUUUGCCUUGUGGUUUUGUCUAAAACUUUGCCGAAUAGAGUAGGGGUUGCACACGAGUCCCAAAGUCGUGACAGAGCUGUGAAAGCGACUCUCCACGAGGUGAGUGUAAUUUACAUUCACCUCGUGGAGAGUUGCCUUUGCAACUCCCUCACGACUUCGGUAUGCGUGUGCGACCCCUACUCUAUUCGGCAAAGUUUUAGACAAAACCACAAGGCAAAAGUCGUCCAUACAUCGUUUCUUGAUUGCACGCUUCUGAGCUGAGAAAAUAGCAAGUGAGUGUAACUCUUUGAAAGUGAGUGUUCCCAUUCCUGCUGCGGGCGACUGCCUACGCCCUCCGAUUCGUGAACAACUUGGUUAAGGUGAAGCCGAAACGAACCGGACAGCUCCGGUUGAACUUCGAACAGCAGAAGAGACGAUUUUCAGAUUGGUGCAGCGUGAAUCCUAUCCGGAUGAAAUCGCCGCGCUUUCCAAUAAGAACGCGAACGAACUGGGGCAAGAGGCGAUUGGGAAGCACAGCUCCAUCUAUCGUUUAAUACCGUUUCUGGAUGACAGCGGCCUGCUGCGUGAACGUGGUAGAAUCGGUGCAGUUGAGGGCGUCUCUUACAGCGUGCGCCAUCCUAUCAUCCUCCCAAGAAACCAUCACGUAACGAAGCUACUUGUUCGCAGAUAUCAUCAGCAGUACCGCCAUGGCAAUUCGGAAACCGUGGUCAACGAGAUUCGUCAGCUGUACAACAUUCCAAGACUUCGAAUGAUAGUUAGACAAGUUAGCCGCGACUGCAACGUCUGUAAGAUCCGUCGGGCAAAGCCAGUAAUUCCAUUGAUGGCACCUCUUCCUCCUGCUCGACUGGCUCACCAUGAGCGUGCCUUCACCUACACUGGCGUGGACUAUUUCGGACCGCUGCUGGUGAAGCUGGGACGCUCCAACGUCAAAAGAUGGAUCGCACUGUUCACGUGCCUGACAGUACGAGCCGUCCACCUCGAAGUCGCCUACAGCUUGUCAACGGAGUCGUGUAUCUCCUGCGUCCGCAGAUUCGUGGGUCGCCGGGGCCCACCUGCUGAAUUCUUCAGCGACAAUGGGACCAACUUCCAAGGAGCCGAACGAGUUCUGCGAUAUCAAAUUGGCCAGGGACUGUCGAACACCUUCACAAACACCAACACUAAAUGGAGCUUCAUCCCACCUGGAGCCCCACAUAUGGGUGGAGCGUGGGAACGUAUGGUACAGUCUGUGAAGGCCGCAAUGAUGGAUGCGUACGCCGAGGGGAAGCUUGAUGACGAGGAACUGCAGACACUGGUCGUGGAGGCGGAAAACAUAGUCAACUCAAGGCCUCUGACGUAUAUGCCGCUCGAGUCUAGCGAAGCAGAGGCACUCACGCCAAACCAUUUUCUGCUGUUGAGUUCCAACGGGGCAAAAGGAAGCGAAGCAGUCAGAGACACAGUUUGCAAUCGAACCAGCGAACUCGUACGUCGAGAAAUCUUGGGAAGAUCCUGGGAGCUGAUACAGCGCCAGCUGGAUACUUUCUGGAAACGCUGGCUAACGGAAUACCUGCCGAUAAUCCGUCGGCAACCAAAAUGGUUUGAAGAAACUCGAUCGCUGAAAACAGGAGACCUGGUAAUGGUCGCGGAAUCGACGGGACGCAGCAAGUGGGAACGCGGUCGAAUCAUCCAUAUGAUUCCGAGCCCGGAUGGCCGGCAUCGACAAGCCGUCGUACAGAUUGGGGACAGGACUCUACGUAGGCCGGUGUCACGGUUGGCGCUGCUGGAUUUACAACUUCGUGAAGUUCCGGAGGCUUCCGGACUACACCCGGGGGAGACUGUCGACGCAGAAGAUGGCCAGCUGGCAACCCUGCCACCAACCGAUUCGGAAGCGUCGCUUUCCACGGUCGAAGCGUCGCGGCGAUACGAGUGACAGCUGUCACCAUCAGAAUGCGAGCUGUCACAUAUCUAUUUCCGGUUCUCAGUUAGCACAUUUUCAGUAAAGGUGAAGUGCGAAGAUCACGAUUGCUGAAGAAAUCGUCCAUUAGUUUUCCUAUAUUAAUCCAGUAUACAGAAAAGUAUUAUCUUUUGCUUUCGCUGAAGUGUUUUUGCUUUCACUGAACGACUAGUGCAGUGAUUCGCAGUAAGUUAGUGACCAUUCCACAUAGCCCAGUCAGUGUCCGAGUCCGAUUCAUAGUCAGGUGCUCCGUCGUUCAUUGUUUAUGCGGUAACGAAAAGUCGUCGGUCCUCAGUACUCGAUUGAGGUUAGAAAAGGGCGUGCAAGAAGCCUAAAGUUCACCGAAUUGUAAGUACUAAUAAAAUACGUAACGCAGUGAGAAAAUACUAACCAUAACCAUGUUACAGUUUGAAGCAACAACAACAACAACACCACAUCGCAUAUUAAAGAAUUUGCUAUCAAAACCGGUACGACUUUCAAUCACGCCCAACAGCCCCGACACCAAGUUUUGGAAUAGUUUUCAAUACAAUUUGGAAAUAUUUCUUUCGCCGAAAGAUUGCUUGAAUCAAAAACUAUGUGUUUUGGCAUUCAAGCUGUUCACCAUCAUUGGAUAACAUCAUGUUAACCCGCUGUUUCAACUUGCCCCACCCGUUUCAACUUGCCCCGGUGUACCUUACUACUGAGAUUGCUCCAGUACUGCUACAGGGAUUCCACAAGACAUUUUCUGGUAGGAAUCUUCCAGGAUUUUUUUCUGGAUUUCUCAUACAAUGCUCUCAAGAGCAAUUCUUGCUCAAACGUUGGAGAAAUCUUAGCGAGAAUUUCCGAAGAAAUUCACACUAAGAAAAAAUCACGACUUCGGUGAUGCUAUAUCGAAAUCUCAACCGUAAACCCUCAAGCAAUCGCGCUGUUGUAUUUCUUAAAACACGUUGAAAAAAUCUCGCUUUUUGUGCUUAGCAUUACCGUGGUGCUGGUGGGGUUGACCAACCGCGCGAGUUACGGAAGGUUAAGUUUGCUUUACCGAGUAAGUUCGGUGAAGUUAGCAACUUUCACCGAACUUCAUUAGAGUUUGACAGAUAAACGACAACCUUUUACCGAAAUUUGGUAUUUUUUACAGAAUUUCGUUGAAAAUCCAUUACCGUACGCUCAGCUGUUGAGAAUUCGGUAAAAAUUACCGAACGCGAGUAGACGUGUUCUAGUAGAAAGUUUCGAAGUUCCUGAAUUACAGCAGUAAUUACUGGAUAUAUUCCAAAAGGAAUUGCUAGUGGAUCCUUGAAAAAAUCUUUGAAGGAAUUAUUUCAAGAAUUUCAGGAAGUGGUUUAAGAGAUUUUCCCUGAAGAAUUCCAGGAGGAAUUCUCCCAGUAGUAAUUACUGGAUAUAUUCCAAGAGGAAUUCCUAGUGGAAUCCUGGAAAAACCUCUGAAGGAAUUAUAUCAGGAAUUUCAGGAAGUAGCUUAAGAGAAUUCUCUUGAAGAAAUCCAGAAGAAAAUCCUGGAGGAAUCCUAGGAGGAAAUUGCUAAAGAUAUCUUUUGAGAAAUCUUUAUGGAAUUCCUCCAGAAAUGGAUGGGAUUCAGCUACAAAUUUUGCUAGAAUUCCUCGAUAUAUUUCUCCAAGAAUUCCUCCAGAAAUUGCUCCGAUUAUACAGCGCAACAUUUUAUUGUCUCAAGAGCAAACUUAUGUGUCUCCGAAGGAUUUUGGGCCGCUGAAUCCGAAUCCGGGCUCAGAUUUGCUCCAACACGUCACAAUUUUGAGCUAUACCUCAAUUUAUAGGGCAAAAUAUGCGAUUUUGGGCUUUUUUGACUGA